GAGAAUUCAUGCUGAAUGUAGAAUUCAAAGGAAUAGUGUGGAAUAACCUUUUAUACUUGUGACUUUGACAAACUGUUUUUUGACAAGUAUGUUAACGAAGCGGAAGCCUAACCACAAACAAUACAGGAUGUAGCCUCUGCAUCACACUUGUCACUAGAAGUAUCCAUUUUGAAUGUCACAUUUUAAAAUGGCAUGUGUUGUUCUCGCUCUUCUUACAAUCUUACCAGUGGUGAUGGGAGAUACCACUGGUUACCUCGGAGAAUCGGUCACCUUGUCUUCUGGAGCCAACUCAUCCUGGAUCUUGAGCAAGAUAGAGUGGUCUAUAUUCAGCAACAACACCUGGAUUGCAACGUACAGGAAAGAACCACACAUUCUCAAAACAGACCGUAUCUGGCAGUUUCAGGGUCGUCUAAGACUCAACAUCUCGUCCGGGGACUUAGAGAUAAGAGAUGUGAGGAUAGGGGAUGCCCUGGUUUACUCUGUUCUCCUUAAAGACUAUACGGGAGAGCAGCAUAAGGUACUUGUCCAGCUCACUGUGACAGAGCGUCUCAGCAAGCCCAGCGUCCGUAAGGUCUUCAGCAUGUUGAAGGACAGCCAUUGUGUGAUGGCUCUUCAGUGCUCCUCUUCAGUGAAGGACACCCACCUCUCCUGGGAACCAGAAGCUGCGUUUGAGGAUUCCUUCUGGAAGGGGAAUCCCAACACCAACGUCUCUGUCAUCUGGACGUCUUACAGCCCCAAUAGAAAUGCCACCUUCAUCUGUACUGCCAGCAAUGGGCUCUCUAAAGCCUCCAGGGUUGUGACGGAGAGAUGCCAAGAGCCCGACGUGGUGGGAGAGACCCGCUUCCCUGGAAUUGUUUUUCUAAUGUUGCUCUUAGGAAUUGUGUUUGGAUGUGUUUUAACAUAUAUUUGUUUUAAAGUUGAGUUAAAAAUGUUCCCCGUACCAACUUUGUAAACUUUGUUUUCUUGUGCAUGAUACCUUUGCUUAAAAUUGAUGUAAAAAAUAAAAUCCGCUGCAGCUGA